AUGAUCAAUUCACAGAUCACUAUCGAUUAUACUGUAGCGGGUAUUGAAGCAGUAGAAGGAGAAUCUGUUUCGAGCGAUGAUGAUAGAGUCGAAACACCUUCUAAAUGGACAAAUGAACGUAAAAGUAUUUGCAUUAACGGCGAAUCUAUUGCAAAGAAACGAUUAUGUUCUAAUGAUUCAAAAAAGAAGCCACCACACUCUUAUAUCGCUAUGAUUUCCAUGGCAAUAUUGAGUAAACCGGACAAGAAAAUCUUACUCAACGAUAUAUAUCAAUAUAUAAUGGAACAUUUUCCGUUCUACAAUAACGAAGAAAAGGCAUGGAAAAACAGCAUACGGCAUAAUCUUUCACUGAACGAGUGCUUCUGGAAACAUAGCAGGUCUAAUAGCGGAAAGGGCAACUAUUGGUCUAUCCAUCCAUCAUGCAUCGAAGAGUUUGCAAAAGGAGAUUUCAGGCGUCGAAAAGCACGGCGGAGAGCACGGACGAAUUCUGUAAAAUCUGUCAAUGGUUUUUCUUAUGAAAAUGACUUCCGAUACAAUUUUGGAUAUGUACCUAUGACAUCCUCGUUAAUUGGGUUCAACUCAAUGAACGGAACACCGAUGCAUCCAACCCUUCACAGUCCCUUCAACAUUUUUCAGUCUCCAGUAUCUGAAUUCGGAACGAAUGCAAACCCUUGUACUGCCAUCAUUCAGUCUCUUGGAACCAACUCACUAUUUCAAGUUACACCAUCAACGCCAUUCGUACGAUCUUUAAAUGCACAAUCUGCGCUUAAUAUGAAGUCAUCGUUCAGCUCAAAUACGAAUCCAGUAUUUUUCCCAUCCUGUCAAAUACAAAGAGGGUUUUUCUGAUUGGUGAAAAAGAACAUAUCCCUCAUUUCCCAUGGUGUGGGUUUAAUUUACUUCCUUUACAGAAGGAAAAACUUCAGUAUAGUGAUAUCAGAGGUUAGUGAAGAUGCCGAACAGUUUUGUUUACGCGUACAGGUCAGAGAUACACAAUUGUUUUAAGCAAAUAAAUGCAAAUAGUUUUGAUAAAGCUACACUAUAGAUUGUCUCAAUUGUAAUUCAAAGAUUGGACUAACAUGACAUAUUUAUGUAUAGGGUAAUUGCAUUUUG